AUGUAUGCCUAUUGGUCGUCACUUGCAACAUGUCUAUCACAGCACUUCACACAAAGCAGUGAUUAUACUGGAUCGAAGCCUUUCAUCUGCAAAGAAUGCCGGCGUCCUUUCGCCCGCCAAGAUGCCCUUACUCGACAUGAAAAGCUACACGUCCGCGCUGCGAUCACCAAGCAGGCUCAAUUACAUCAAUCCGCCGUCCAUGUGCCUCCGCAGGCGCCGCCUCUAGAUCCUUUAGCCUGGGAUACCACUCGAGCCACCGCGCCGGGGGUGGUUUCAUCGUCGACGCCCAACAAUGCAUGGGAGACUUCGCAGGCGGAACAGCAUCCCAGCUUGCAACAUGCUGCCUCUGACCUCGACUUCACCCUGAUAUGGCCUGAUUCUGAGAAUCUGUUCCAAAGUAUCAUGGCGUGUGAUACGACUGAUCAGUGGCAGAUGCCACUUGGUGCCCUGCCUUUUCCACCUGUAGUGCAGGAUGUCAACGGGAUGAACUUCGGCUCGCCAGAUUCCUUUGACGAUAGGGGCUCGUCCAUAGGCGCCAUUCCCUCGGGUGGUAGCCACCAGGCCGUGCGAGAUGUUACUGAAAUGGUCACGAGCUCGUCAUCAAGCGUGACGGCUGCUAUCAAAGCGACCUCCAUAACAUCGGUUUUCUUAGACGAGUGCCUUCACAUGUUCUUUGUGCGAUUCAUACCUACCUUUCCAAUCUUGCACCGAGCAACCUUCGUCUUUCGUGAAUGCACACACCCUCUACUACUCAAUGCUAUGGCGCUUGGUUCCCUGUAUCUGGGUCCCAAAGAUUCCGUAGCAAAAGGAGAGGCGCUAUGGCGCCUAGCCCAUACUGCUAUUGCUACUUCUUGGCAGUCUCUAAUCACGCAUCGUGGGCCAUAUGAUGCUUGCACAGGAGUGCAACUCUUAAUUACAGCUCUUUUGGGACAAAUAUAUGGCGCUUUGUCCAAGAAUCGAGUCAUCCGUACCACAAGCCAGGUAUUUCGCCCACUCGGUUUCUUCUGGGCAAGACAUUGUGGAAUGCUAGACUGCGAGCCUUUUUCAUUAGAGAGCGUGCCAUUCCCCAGCGCACCGAGCAGUGAGAAAGAAAAUAAGUGGCGAACAUGGGCAGCCAGGGAAAUUCAGCAACGUGCAUUGCUUGCUUACCACAUCUUAGACGGCCUGGUCGCGCAGAUGUCCGGAGAUGGUGCUUCUACACGGCACGUCGCCAAUCCACUAAUUCUCCCGAGCAGCGAAGCUGCGUUCGAUGCCGGUAAUGUCGACGAGUGGAUUGCUACAAUGAGAUCUCAAAGAUCAGAGCAGCCUUCGUUUCGGCUAGUCUUCCGCUCACUCUUUCCGCCCAUCGGCAAUUUUCGCCCACUGGAUUAUCAGUUUUCCGCUUUCGCCUUACGAGUAGUUCUGGAGGGAUUGCAGUCCUUGGUUUCGGAUACUGAUGAAAGCGACCUGGCAGCCGUCGGUGUUCCUGACCGCUCAGACGUUCGCAGGGCGCUGGCCCAGGUGCAUGAGACCAUUACCAUGAGCAUUCAUCUUUCAGCUCCGGAAAGACUUGAAGUUCUUCUUCGAUGGCACACGAUAUGUCUGGACACGAUGAUCAACUCCACUAUCCUCUGCAGACAUGUAUGCUCUCGUUACGAAAUCACACAGCAUGUCUCUGGCGGCUCUCGAACAAUCCGACCGGGAUUCGAUAUGGUCAAAUGGGUCAAUACUGAAGAUGCCCGUCGUGCAUUGUUACAUGCCAUUGCUAUCCAGGAUAUCGUUGAGCAGUUGCCGAGAGGGCGUGCUCAUGUUAUCCACAUGCCAAGCUCCUUGUUCUCUGCAACAACGAUCUAUGUUGUUUUCUCGCUCGCCGGCGUAACCAAUAUCCACCUCCCACGUACUAUCGUUUGGCAGGACGCAUUGCUCUCGCGGGCUGACCUCAACCUUGGAUGUGACAGUAUUCGCCCCUCGACUGGAUCAGAAACUCGCCGCUUCGUUGAAGAAGGUCGGACAGACUCUCCUCCAGGGAUGGGUGCAGUGCGCAAUCUGCUAUAUGAAAUGAAUUCAUUGCAGAAAUUGUUUCGCUGCUUAUUUUCUCAGUGGGGUAUUGCCCACGACAUGGAGGAGAUCAUCGACCAUUGGAUUACUCUCUGCCAUUAG